UCGUGGUAACCAGUUCGCGAAAUGACCCGUGUGGAAAGUGAACUUAUCUUACCAGCGAAACAGCCACUCAAUGGAUAUUACAAUCCGGUGGUGGUCGAUAUCGAAGAAGACACCAAACAAAACGAAAAACCAUUCGAGGAAGUUUUCAAUACGGCGAAAACGGCUUUCAGUUGUGGCAAAUCCAAACCGAUCAAUUUCCGCAAACAACAGCUGAAAGCUUUGGAAAAGUUCCUUGAAGAGUGUGAAGACGAAAUCUGCGAUGCGGUUUAUAAAGACUUGCGGAAGCACCGACAGGAAGUCUUCAUGGGAGAGAUAGACUUGGUCAAGCAUGACCUCAGACACACACUUUUUGAGUUGUCCGAAUGGGCCAAACCUGUGGCCCCAGAACGGAGUCUUUUGAACCUCCUCGACGGAGUCUACAUCUAUCAUGAUCCCUACGGAGUGGUCCUUAUUUUGAGUGCGUGGAACUACCCCUUCAUGCUCCUUUUAGGACCCUUGAUAGGUGCUAUCGCUGGCGGCAACUGCGCCAUCCUCAAACCCUCUGAAUUAGCCCCCGAAUCGGCAAAAGUCAUCGCAAAAUUCCUCCCCAGGUACUUAGACAAGGAUUGCUAUCAAGUGGUGUUGGGCGGUAUUGAGACAACAACAGAAAUCCUCAAAUACAAAUUUGACUAUAUUUUUUUCACGGGGUCUACAAACGUCGGCAAAAUCAUCCAUCAAGCAGCUGCCAAACACCUAACCCCCACCACACUUGAACUGGGGGGCAAAAGCCCGGUUUAUUUGGACGAAUCUGUGGAUAUUUUGACAGCUACACGGCGGAUUAUUUGGGGGAAAACCAUGAAUGCGGGUCAAACCUGUAUUUCGCCCGAUUAUCUUCUCUGUUCUAAAGAAGUUGAGGAUAAGUUUCUCACAGCCGCUCGAACAAUUCUUGAUGAGUUUUAUGGUGAUGAUGUUAAAGUUAGUCCACAUUUGAGCAAAAUCCUCCUCGAUCGUCACUAUAACCGUCUUAUAAAUUUUAUUAAAAGUUCGAAUGUGGUAAUUGGGGGGACUGGAGAUCCCCGAACUAGGAUUAUCGCUCCAACGGUCCUCACUGAUGUUAAACCUGACGAUCCAGUAAUGCAGGAAGAAAUUUUCGGUCCCAUUCUCCCCAUCAUCACUGUAAAUUCUCCUUUGGAGGCUAUCAAUUUUAUCAACAAGCGCGACAAACCUUUGGCCCUUUAUGUUUUCACAAAUCGCAAAGAUGUUAAGGAGUUAUUCUUGAAUAACACUUCAAGUGGGGCCCUUACAAUCAAUGACACAAUAAUGCACAUUUGCACUGAAAAUUUGCCAUUUGGAGGGGUGGGGUGUAGUGGGAUGGGAGCCUACCAUGGAAAAUUUGGAUUUGACACUUUCACGCAUAAGAAGAGUGUUUUGAUGAGAAGUUUAGGAAAAGUAGCCGAGUUGACACAAUUUGCGAGAUAUCCGCCUUAUUCCAAGUCAAAGUCUGAGUUUCUCUCAACGGCUACGAAAAAACGAAGAGGGAUUAGUUUCAGUUGGCUUAAAACAGCAUUUAUUUUUGGAUUGGGGAUGACUUUCGCGUAUGGUUUACAUUAUUUUUGUAGCGAUGAUGAUGACUAAUUUAUGGAGGAAGCCUUUUUAGGAAUUGUCUGUGAUACUGUAGUAUAGAGAGUAAUGAAAUUAACUCAUUUAUUUUUGGAAAAUUUACACCACAAGUUCCUUUAUAGAUUGGUCUACGAGUUAACUAAAUUAAUAAUGCUAUCUGUGAGAAAGAAUAAAUUAAAGUAUAGAUUUUGUAACGAUUUAUUGAUCGUUGGAAUAUUUUUACAAUAUUGCAGAUGCCGCUUCGUAAAAUAUGUAUGUUUUAAAAAUGUGUUGUGAAAAUAAUGUAGCCUUGGUGAAUAAUUGAUUUAAAAUGUUUGAAGUAGUUUGAAGCACUAUCAAUUAAAAAAAAGUAAUUGUUUUGGUAACAUGACAUUUUGAUACUGUAAAAUCAAGGCUAAAAUUUCUUAUAAGCAUUUAUCUAAAGUGAAUGCUCUAUAUUUUUCAGAAUAGAAUCAGCACAAGGUAAUCAAUUAGAAAUUUCUCAAUUUAGGUACAAAAUAAAUAGUGAAAAAGGAGCCAUAAAUUCCUUUUACAAAAAUAGGAAAAUUGUUAAAAAAAUAGAAACGUAAAAACAUCGCUAUUUUUUAUACAAUAAUUUACAAAAAUAUUAUCGAGUUUUAAGUAACAUAAAACCGUCUAACUACUAGUAAAAAAAGCGAAUUUUAACUUUAAACAAAGGUACCUUGAAAAACGGAGUAGAUCUGACAAAAAAAUGAUGUGUGCUUAACAAGCCCAUAUAGUUUUGCUUUUUUAAAAAUACCUUUGAAAACAAAGUCAAAAUGCUCAAUAAACAAAGUGUUCUGAAGGAGCCUUAUAUGUUUAAUUUUUUAUUAAAAUUUUGUUCAAUUUGUGGUUUGGUUGAUUUCUAGAAUCAUUAAAUUUGAACUCUUGUGCUGAACAAACCUAUCUACAAAAGUUUGUAUAGCAUGCCUUCUACCUUAUAGAAACAGGGCAAAAUCAUCAAAAAAACGUAUUCUAAGGGGACCUUAUAAAUUUUGCUCUUUUUGAGUUACCUUGAAAAUCAGGUUGUUUUCCUUAAAAAAGUGAAGUGUACUCAAGGGGCUCAUAUAGUAGUCAUCUAACAUCAAACCCUAGAUUUUUUCCCCUAUUCCUGAACAACCAAAAAUCUUCAAAGUUUAAAGUUUUUAAAAAAUAAAAAACAAACUAUUUCAAAAUUAAUAUAAUACAGGGUGCGCCAGAACUCGCACCCCAAAGAAAAAUUUCAAGUAAGAUAAGAUA